CCGAGAGGACCGCCAGCCGGUCCAUCUCGCGGAUCUCCUUGAUGGCCGCCUGCAGGAACCGGAGCCGCUUCUGCCACUGCUUGGUGCUCUCCCACUCGCUACGCUGACCCAACGUCGAAAACACCUGGGCCUCAAAACUUGUGGAUGUCAUUUAGACGAAGGUGGGGGACACUUAUGGGCGUCACUCCCUUCUCUCGUCUCUUCGCCAUCUUUGCGAGCUCGGAGCCCAAGACCCAGAGAGAGGGCAGCGCAAAAAUGGCGUCUGGGGCCGCCAGCUCGGCCAACAGCUCGUCUGGGGAUCCUCUCGACCCCUGCCGUCCGCAGGAUCUUGUCGCUCUUUCGUCCAGCGCCACGCACGACGCCAUGACCGUGUCUGAGUCUCUGGGGGAGGACCUGCAGCCGACGGAGCUCAAGGCAGCUCAGCCCGCUCUGCUGACGCGGAAACAGGGUGAUGAAUGCGACUUUGCAGUGAGCAGGGGCGGGAGACGGCUGGUCUCGGCAGGGGCAGCUGUCAGUCGCUUUUGGUUGUCUUGUCAUGCCCUUCAGCUUUGUCUGGAGGACGGCUGUCCCGAGAAGAAAUGCGACAUUCCCCCGCUGCCAGACAAGGGGCUUGUAAGGCGAUGCACGCCCCAUCAGAUGGAUUAAUGUGCAUAUUCCAUUGGCUCGUUCUGAAUGUCAGGCCGGCCGUGUGCUUCGUUGGCUUGAACGUCGUCCUGCACUGCAGAAGUGGCAGAUGGACACCCAGGGCCACCAGCUGGAGACCAAUCUGUACAUCGCACAACUCGAAAAGCGCAUCCAGGUGGGCUCUGGGUGAGGGAGACGCCACUCCCCUUGUCGUCUUGCGCGUGAGGUUCUCCCUCCCUGACAGGCCCAGGACCAUGAUCUCGCCGCCAAUCAGGGAGAGAUUGACCGCCUGAAGGGGCUGCUGGAGAGCCCUCCCCCUUUGUCCGUGUCUGGCGAUUCACUCGACGACGCCAGCAGUGCGGGCCGCUCCACACGCGCCAGCCAUGGCAACAACAGUGACACCCACAAGAAUGCUGACGAUGAGGAUGAAAAUGAGCAGGGCGGCGGUUCGCUGUGGUCGGGUAUGCAGAUGUGGACGACGGAGGAUGUGGGCAUGCUGGCAAUGACAUUCAUGGGAAAGCGCAACAAGAAAUGAAAUGAGCGGCUGGGUGGGUGGAGAUCGUCGACAUGAAUGAGUGCACGUGUCGUGAAGGGCGGGAGCCUGUGUAGAGCGAGUGGGUGGCGUGGUGGUGAGGAAUGAAGGAAAGAGAGAGUGUACCAUAUAUAUCUCGUGUGUGUGUGACAUGGAUGAGUGAAUGGAUGGAUGGUCGACUGGGUGGUCGAUGGAGGUCCCUCUGGCUGAGUGAGUGGAUGGAUGGAUGGAUGGGUGCUGACUGACCGCCGCAGACAGACAGACAGACAUACAGACAGAUCAUGGCAAACGGACACCUUGACUGAUCGACAUCGCCCCGAUUUCGUUUCGUCUGAAAGGAUUAUGGCGG